AUGGAAGGAGAACAUUUGCGAAGAAAGGCUGGUGAAGAUCGCAAAAACACGAAAAAACCACAGUUGAACCGUGCAACGGCCAACGUUCAGCAAGCUUCCACGCAAUACGCCUCAGGGUUGCAACUUUUGCCGGUAACGGAGCAACCUGAAGAAAAAAGAUCCUGCUGCAGCCAGAGGGACAUCGUACCAGAGCGUCAUGACGAUGAACAGUCGUCAGUUCUGGUCGUGCUGCCGGAAGGGGUGGAAGACACACCGUAUGGUGGCACGUCCCUGAACAGCUAUCGUCAGUCUGCCAAGCGCAAAGUUCAUAGAACUUUCAUGGCAACGAUGGACGAAUUGCCGAUCGUCGACCGCUUGGCUAUGGACGAACACUGCGACCUGGUAAAUAAGCGCUGUCUUGUCCGUAAGUGUGGACGUUACUUCAAUAGCCUGGCAAAACUGGCGUUUCACUUGAGUUGGUCGCAUCGAUUCACCAUCGGAACAUCUUCAACCAUGCGGUGUCUUGUUUGUGGUCAGGAGAUAGCAACGCGUAAAUUGCUCAGGUCACACCUGCAAACUGAUCACAGAGACAUAGCUCCCCACAACCUAGCCGUGCAGGUGACAUCGCCAACAGAAGAACAUGUUUAUUAA